GUAUUGCAUCAGCCGGCCUCAGUACAAGACUUCCUGCGGCAUCUCCUCUCUCAUCUCCGUGUGGAACUUCCUGUACAGCACUCUGGGGGCAGGAAGUUUACCCCCCCUCUCUCAGGAGGAGGCUCUGCAUAUCCUGGGUUUCCAGCCGCCUUUUGAAGAAAUCAAGUUCGGUCCGUUCACUGGAAACGCCACGCUAAUGAGGUGGUUCAGACAGAUUAAUGAUCAUUUCCGAGUGCGCGGCUGCUCCUACAUCCUGUACAAACCUUACGGGAAACACAAGACAGCAGGAGAGACGGGUGAGUUAGAUGGAUGGAUGGAUGGAUAGAUAGAUAGAUAGA